CUCGAUCUCUAGCAGCUCGGCCUCCUGUACUGCACUAGCACUGUGAAGGCUAGCUGCUAUGGACUCUCUGCUACUGGAGCCUGCAUCAUCAGAUGAGUCUCCUGCUGUGCCUGACAGUGUGAUGAAAAACCUGGUCAUCAAGGGUCCGGACGAGGAUUCAAACGAGCCAGUUUCCAGGGUGGUGAUUCCUGAGGCUGGGUUCUGUCUCAAGACAAGGACAGAUAAAGAGGAGAAGAUCUUCAUCAAUGUGUGCCAGUCUGAGCAGGUGCCGUCUCCCAAGGAGAUCAGUGACGAGCAGCUGGCUACGAUGCUCGAGUCAGGUGAUGCCUCACAAUACAGAGUGCCCAUCAGUCUGGGGGAGCCGCACACUGUACAUGACAAUACCGGGAAAGAGUGCCGUGCCUUUGAUGUGGUUGUGGGUGCAGCGUUCUUUGAGUCCAUUCAGAAGAGAGCUUCACUGAAGGAGUUCUUACUGACGAUCGUGUUGGAAGGAAUUGAAGAGAAGUAUCAGAUGCUCCUGUCAAGAGAUUGUAAGAUUCUCAAGAACAGAAAGUUUAUUGGAGACAUCUCCGAGCAGACCAUAAGAAAGAAGUCUAAACCGUUCAUUAUUGACAUGGACAGAGGAGAUAAGGAGGCAAGUAAGGAGGAAAGCCACUACCCUGAGCCCCGCUACACCAUCAUGCGUGAGCCAGUCACUGGAGAUGUACCAGAGUUCCUCGUGUGUGAGGUUUACCUCACUGGAAUAACCACCUCUCAAGGUAUACGACUAGACGUGGGUGAAGACAGACUAGAGCUAAGUACCCGCCCCCCACUCUUCCAACUGAACCUUGACCUCCCAUACACCCUUGACCCCGACAACACCGGAGCACAGUUCAACAGAGCCUCUAAACUAUUGACUGUAACUCUACCAGUAACUGGGAAGGCACCAUAUUAGCAACUAUAUAGACUGGGUCCCAUCUUGAUUAAUUAUUAUGUACUUGUGGUAACCUUUAUGUUCAUAUCUCCUUCAUAAAUUACGUAUGCCCUUAUUUCUUCUGCUGAUUUUGUAUAUAUCCUUCAUUACCAUUUCAAGUACUUUGAGAGUUUGA